CCAAUAGAAUUUUGAAGCAACGGUUUUUGUAGAAUGUUCAUUUCAGUUGAGUUGAAAUAACGUUUGGAAAAUAUAUUUAGAAUAUUUUACAUUGACAAAUAGUGAUAGGGCUAUUUAAAUUUUAAAAUUAGCUAACACUUUACAACAAAACGGCCGCCGCCGUCUAGAAAUUGUACGCAAUGGCGCCAACAAGGUUGGCAUCGAAGUCGACCGGCGUCAAUGAGAAUAUUAACAGCAUCAUGAAUCAAGGCAUCACGACGAGGAGUAAGCAGAUGGCUACUCUGAAAACAUAUAAAGACAAUUUGAAAGUUACAAACAAGAGAAAAGCAGAUAGUCCCCUGAAAAAUAUGACUGCAAAGAGGGCAGCCUUUGGGGACAUUACGAAUGCCUUCAACAAGUCUACAGCAACCAACGACAAAGUUACGGCGCUGAAAAAAGUAACGGUGGAAAGCAAAUUGCUCCCAACAGUCAAGAGCAUCAAGCCCCAGCCAACUAUUGUCAACAACAAAACAACAAAAAGUAAACAAAUUCAAAAGGCAGCCACAAAUGCCUUGGAAUCAAUUCAGAAACAUUUUGCCAAGGAUCCACCAAAGCCAGUUGCAACACGGGCAAAAAAUGGAAUACUGAAGAAUAUUGAAAGGAAAUCUAUCAGCAAUGAAAACAAAGAACAGAAUCAAAGUCAAAACUCAACAAAAUCUGGCAGAAGUGAUGUGUCUGGAGAGCCUUCCCUAUAUGUUACUGCUUUGGAAAAUAUAACUCCGUCCGAUAUAACAAAGGAGGAAUACAAGGCGAUUAGUGAGAAGCUGAACAAGGUGAAUCUCGACGACUCACUGAACAGGUCCCUGGAUGAGGAGCGCGAGGAGCCGCAUCGCGUGCCCGAUGGCGUCGCCGAUAUUGACCGCGAGAACUGGAAUGACCCCUUCCAGGUCUCCAACUAUGCCAUGGACAUCUUCAACUACUUGAAGAGUAGGGAGCGUUUGUUCCCUAUUGAUGACUACCUACAACGUCUGAAAGACAUCACAUCGUGGAUGCGGGCACUCCUCGUGGACUGGAUGGUAGAGGUGCAGGAGAGCUUCGAGCUGAACCAUGAGACACUGUACCUGGCUGUGAAGCUGGUGGACCUCUUCCUCACCAGGUCCACUAAGACGAAACCGGAGAGGGAGCAUCUGACUAAAGAAGAGCUGCAACUCCUGGGAGCAUCCGCACUCUUCAUUGCUUCCAAGUUUGAUGAGCGCAUCCCGCCCACGGUGGACGACUUCCUGUACAUCUGCGACGGCGCGUACACCCUGGCGCAGCUGCUCAAGAUGGAGAUCAACAUCCUAAGGGUGGUGGACUUCGACCUCGGCAUCCCGCUCUCCUACAGUUUCCUCAGGAGAUAUGCCAGGUGCGCGCGCGUGUCGAUGCCGACGCUGACGCUGGCGCGGUUCGUGCUGGAGCAGUGCCUGCUGGAGUACACGCUGGUGGCGCACUCGGACAGCAAGAUGGCCGCCGCCGCGCUCUACAUCGCGCUGCGCAUUAAGUCCCUCGGCUCCUGGACACCGGCGCUGCAGUACUACACCGGCUACAGUUUGGAGGACAUAAUGCCGGUGGUGCUGGCGCAGAACGCGGCGCUGCACAAGAAGCCCAAGUCGGCGAUCAGCACAGUGCGCAACAAGUACUCGCACACGACGUUCUUUGAAGUGGCGAAGUUACCGCUGGUGGAGGACAGCGCCCUCGCCACCCUCACCACCAGCUGAGGCGCGCCCCGGGGCACUUUACUGCACAAACUGCUCAGGUGGGUCCAAAUUACUUAAACGUUAGACUAAUUAUCCUAGCUAA